AUGGUGAACCUCAAUAUGGCGGAUGAGAUUGCAGUUGUGGCGCGCUGGGCUAUAUCUUCGAGAUUUCUGUUGCUCUUUUCUCAGGUAGGAGCAAAAAAAAAAAAAAUGUAGCGAUCGUUUGUGAAUUUUACUUUACAUUUGCGCAUUUUUUUUGUUCAGAUUUUUGUCAAUGAAUUCAUCAACGAUUACGACUCUUCGAGUAUUAUCAACGAAAACGGAGAUUCAACUCCACCAACUUCGUGGUGUGAUUUGAUAUUUCAAAGAAUGUUUGAAGGUUUCAGCAAAUGGGAUGCUGCUUAUUUUAUGAAAAUAGCCGAAGACGAUUAUAAAUACGAACAAUACCUGGCUUUCUUCCCAUUGUUCCCUUGGAUAUUAAGGAUCUUGGUACGAUUACUCCAUCCACCUUUUCAGUAUUUUUUGAACGAGCGCAGUUUAUAUCUAGCGAUUGGAUGGAUAUUGAAUUCAACUCUGUUCACAUUAGCAGCUAUUUCACUUUACAAAUUGACUUUCAAACUGUUUGGUUCAAGGACUACCGCCAUGUUGUCAUCACUACUCUUUUGCUUCAACCCUGCGAGUGUAUUUAUGUCAAGUCUGUACACGGAGAGUUUAUUCUGUUGUCUACAGUUUACGGCUAUGUGUUUUCUUGAACAAAAUUGUACAGCACUGCCACUGUUGCUUUUUGGUCUUGGCUGCGCUACUCGUUCAAAUGGUGUUUUAUCAUGUGGAUUUCUUGCACACAGAAUGAUUAAAAACUAUGUUUCUUCAGAAUUACCUUCACUGAUUACAGACCCUGGUUCUCUCACUUUUUGGCAUGUACAAAGAGGAGCAAUACUACUCCUUAGACUUAUAGUUUUAAAUGGAAUUGUGCUUGUUCCAUUUAUUAUUUUCCAGUUGAAUGGAUAUUAUUUAUACUGUAUGCCACCAAGGAGUCUCCUGAGAGAUUUGACUCAUAGUCCAUGGUGUGAUAAAUUGGUACCAUUUUCUUAUUCAUACAUUCAAGACAAUUAUUGGAAUGUUGGAUUUUUACGUUACUUUGAAGUCAAGCAAGUACCAAACUUUGCUCUUGCUGCUCCAGUUAUUAUUUUGAGUCUCAAUGCUGUACUGAUCUACUGUUUGAGCAAUAGAAAUAUUGAAACAGUUAAGACACUUGGCUUGCUCCAAAGUAAGGAAAAGUCUGAAAAAAUGACAAGGUAUGUGUUUAUUAAGUAAAGGGGGUAAUUUUCUCAUGAAACUGUGGUGCAGCCAUUUUUCAGUGGCAGGUAUUACAAGAUAAUUUGAUCAUAUAAACUGUGUUGAUAAUGUAAACUGGCUGCAAUAAAGAUUUUCCAAAGCUGACAUUUUAAGUUUUAGCUCUUUGUCAGAGUUUGGCCAAUUUACAUUUCCAGCUAAGUUGAUGAAACCAAAUUAUCAUGUCACACUUCUCAGCCUAUGUGGCAUUACAGUUUCUCUAGAAACUUCCUCUAUUUUAAAAUGUAAUUAUUCGGGGUCUGAAAAUAUCAAAACAGGUGCCAAGUGGCAAUUAAAGAUCCUUGUUUUAAUCAGUAGAGAAAAAGUUUGAUAGCCUGCAAAUUUCUGAUUCAUGAUUUUUUGAUUUGCACUUCGAUAUGAAAAAUACAAUAUUAUGUGGAGUAUUUACUUAACAAAGUCUGAUUUCAAGAGAAUUUGCAUGUAAUGCUGGUGUAAUUGUCAUGACUUGUAUUAAAGCCUUGACUGAAGUGAAAAUGAAAGUGAAAGAUGAUGUUUUUAGUGAACUAACUGGAAUGCUCUCAGAAAGAAAAAAAUCUUUCUUUAUAUGAAAGUGUUCCAUUGGAUGAAGGGUCCUACAAUCUGUCAGAAAGUUCUUACUGAGAGAAUAUUGUUUUCUGUUUUAUAAAGGAAGCCAAUUCAUCAAAAUGUUGGAAUAACUGGCAAACAAGACUUUGAUUUUUACCACCACCCUGAUGUCUUUGUUUAUGUUGUCCAUGUCUUUUUCAUGUCUUUGUUUGGUUUGACAUCCAUGCAUGUACAGGUUGGUAAAAGCUUUUUUCUCUCUCAUUUCUAAAAUUAAUUAGUUACCAUUACUAUUUCUUUAGGGAACUUAAAAAAAAUAUUGCAUGGUAUUUAUUUUGCUAGCUCUACACAAGUACAAUGUAUGGUUCUCCCUUUGCCAGAGAACUUUCACUGAAGUUUUUCAAUUUAUUUCCUCUUUCAAGUUGUGCUUUCAUUAAAUGACGAUGGUAUUGUGGUGUUUCAGAUUUUUUUUCUCAAUUUCUGGCUUAACAAGUUUUAGUAACAUCAACCUUUUUUUCAGUUUAUUAUAACAUGCUUUUAUGAGGUGGCUCAUUUACUGGGUUUUUAGCAGUCCCUCUUUUUCUAGUUUAAUCGAGCAUGAAUGAAACUAAAUGAGGUAAGCCUAAAUUAUGGCUUCUGUCAUUUUUCACAAUGCUGUAUGAAUCUCUCUUGGUGUUGGCCCUUCUUUUCGCUCUCGCUCACUGAUAAAACCAUGAACCUGUCAGGGCUAAAACUAGGAGUUUCUUUUUGGAGUUCAGUCAACUACAUGUAUUAACUACAUAGCUGCUGCUUUAUAAUUAUGUUGUAACUUCUUGAUUUUUUCCUUUUUAUCAGGUCACUACACGAUUUAUAGCCUCUGCCUCCCCUGUGAUUUACUGGUAUUCUGCACAUGUCAUCAUGAAAGAAACUUCUUGCCAAGAAUACAGACUUGACAAAAGAAAGUGGAAAGCUCAGUUGAUCAUUGGUUUUUUUUUGUCAUACUUCUUCAUUGGAACCGCUUUACAUUGCAAUUUUUAUCCCUGGACCUAAAGCUUUUUUAUUGCAUUUGAAAGCCCAGAUUAAAUAUGUUAGUCCAAAAGUCAUAAGUGCUUGUAAUGUGUUUUAAUGGUAAUGAUUGUAUUUAUUAUUUAUUUAAGCAAUAGACAGCACUUUCUAUUGGUUUACAGGUGUGUUCUCCUAAUAUCCUGAAUGGGUCAUUAGACCUGGAAACCAUUAGGAAGUGCACUAUUCCUUUUAGAAAAAUUCUCAAUACAAAACAAUUUGUGAUGGACUUACCAGAGCAAUAAAUGAUGUUCAGGGCACUGGAAGUAUUUCAGAUAUUUCAUGAAUAUUGCUUUUUUUCAUAUGCUGAUCAAUAGCCCUUUGCAAGAAUAAAAUGAAUAAUAAAGAAAUAAACUUGCUUUCUUAUGCAUAUAUAAAAAUACUAGUAACAAAUCACUGGAAACUUGAGAAGAAAGAUGAAUGAAAUUAUAAAUAAAUAGAAAUAGCAAAAAUUCAUUAAAAUUCUAACUCGAACAAAAAUAUCUUAAGUUAAUUCUAAAGACACCAAGUUUCACGACAACAUACUGGUCAACUGGCAUGCUGUUCCUCAGAUUUGAUACAGGAAAAGUAACAGACAUGUUACUAAAUGUUGUCUCCCUUUCGUGCAAGUGAACUAAUCCUCUUAGGAAUUAACCAAUUGAACUUUCAUGGACCCAUGCUAAGAACUUGUUGGGGAGCUAGUUUAUAUGCAAGUAAUUCCAAUGAUGUAUGACCAAACAAUUUCAAGAAAAAAAUAGAAUCAAAUGGAAAUAAUUUUUCCAAAAUUUACAUGACCGCUGGGUAAGUUAAAAUGAGUAGUGUUUAGGCUCAUUUAGAAUAUUUGAUUGAUUGUUUUAUCUUUUCUAUGUUUUGGAUGAAUUGAAUGGUGGGAUCUUGUGGUUUAAAUUCCAAAUUGCUCGGAUGAUGACUUCCGCUUAUAAGGCUGUCCAAAAGUCAGAAAAGUCAGUCAUCAUAAUAACUCGGACGUUCACUAUUCAAUAUCUAUGACGUUUUUUCUGAAUUAACUCUACUUUUCCUCCAUUGCACGGUAAGUAAUCCGAAAAAAUAGUUAACACUUGUGCUAAAUCUCUUUUGUUAAGAUCAUUUUUAGAAACAAAGGAGAAAUAAUGAAAUAAAAACCGCUUAAACGGACGUGAUAAGUGCUUGGUUUCCUAAUCACCUCGCGCGUCAUGAAUAUUCUCAAGAGGAUUUUGCAUGAAUAAAACAAAGAAUUUUAAAUUACAAGCCCACAAUUGGGACAAUACCAUACUUUUGACAUCAAAACCUGGACCGAUAUCAAAGAAGCAAGAGUAAGGCUACAAUUAGGGGAGAGUGGAAACAGAAUAUUUUUCUGUUGGAAGAAACGGGAUAAUUUGCCGCGAGAAACGUUACCAUAGAAACUCGUAGGGAGGCCUGGAGGCGGGAAGGACGUUUUUAGCUUGUUUGUACUCGUCAUUUGUCGGCAAUGGAGAUUAGGUUUGUGACAGUAAUUGAGCCAUUUUGACCUGCCUCAGGCUUGUAUCAAGAAAAUGGGUUGUGGAACUAGCACCCCCAAGGAUAAAGAGGACAAGGAAGGAUCCAAGUUUGAUUUUAGUCGGCGCAACACCAUAGUCGAAAAGCCAAACGUUGUGGUCGAGAUUGGCAAAGGUGUGAAGAAGAUCGACCCAGAGCGACGAAUUGUGUUCAUAUUCGGUUGGUGAUAUUUCUUCUUCUUUGCCCUAAUAAUACUCCAUUGAAAUUUAUUGUCCUUUUACUCUGCUAUGAAACUAUGUAUUCUUUUGUAUAUGACCUGGCACAGCCGCUAAAUGCUAAUCACAGAAAUAUUUUUGAUAUUCAGCGGGCUCUCCCUGUUGGAAGUAAACAUCUGUUCGAAGUAAAUUGAACGCAGAAGAGCCGACUCUUGACUACUGAAUUUUCAUUUGGUUCAUUUAAGAAAAUAUAUGGCGGAUAUAUUGAAAAUUUGUUUACAAUACCCGCCGAAAAUCAGGGACAAUUUGGAUUAAAGCUGGCAUUUUGUCUAUGCCAGAAGAAAGAAAAGAUACCAUCGCAGCGGCUACAUCACAUUAAAGUUGUUUCAAGAUGGCUAUUUUUUUGCAUUCAGCCGAGCCAUGAAUUAUUCACUCCUACAUUUAAAGACUAAUUUUUACGCUGAUGUCAGCCAUUGUUUUAAUUAUUCUAUUGAACUAGAAAAAGAACCAUCAGUUCCCUAUGAAUGGAGAAACCGAUUUCGCUUGCUUCUUUUGUGUCAAUAGAUAUUGGCGUGCAUCAGCAGAUAUAUUGAUUUUAAAUCUUCGCCACUUGCUUCUAAGAUUUUGGUUAAAGCGUGAUGUUCUCUUCUGGUUGCAGAAUAAGAUCUGUAGUUAAAUUGUAUCAAAAAUUAAUGAAGGAGGAAUUUCCCCUUCCAUACAUAAGUAAAGUCACGCUUUGGUUUAAAACUUUGUUUUCGUAAAGCGUUCUUAGCUUUCUUUCGCUGUGUACACAAUGAGCUAUAAUUAAGCAGAGUAAUUUCAUAUUUACGAUGAGACCUCGAUGAAGUAUCUUUCCUCUUGCUCUAGCACUUAAACCGCUAAGAGCAUGCGGUAUUAAGUGCGCGGAUUGAACCUUUUAUUUGUACUGCGCACUUUCCAACAGAGUGAUCAAUAUGAUUUAACUGAAAUUAUGUUCUCUAGGAGUCCGCAACGUUUUUUAUUUGUUCAUGGAAGGAUGGUUAGCUAUGUUAACAAUAAAUUUAAAAAUUCAUCUUUUCAUCUGGGCAUAGUGAUAUAUGAGUUGCAAAAUGGAAAAAAAAUCCUUUACCUUCCUCUCAUCAUGGUUUUCUAUCCACAAGACGUGGCUGAAAGUGCCCCGCAAAUUAGUUUGAGACAAAGGAUUUGGAGUCCAUACAAAGGGAGAACUUCCAAACGUCCUCCUUUUUGCUUAGUAAUUUAAUUUGAGCAACCUUCAGCCUUUGUACCAAUAAAGUAAAUCCUAAGUUCACAAAUACAAGACUUAGAAAUAUGUUCUAUAUUUUAGUUAUAUGAUAAGCUGAGUUAUACAUGCAUUUGGAUUAGUUGGUUCUUAUGUAUGAUCUACUGGAGGACAUAGUUUCAGAGGAUGUCAAAAUCUAUGUUUAAUCUAUUAAUGAACAGAUAUACAGCAACACAGCAUCUUGUUCUUAAAUUGAUCAUCUUUGUUAUGUUAAAGAUUCGGUUUAGCAAAGCUGUUUUGAUUUUUAGAAUUAUUAGUUUGACUGAAAAUCCUUUUUUUUUACAUGGUGUGUAGGAGGUCCUGGAUCAGCUAAAGGAUGUAUUGUGAAUGACCUCAAAGCCAUGUUUGGGUUUGCUUUCAUAUCAGCAGAAGAUUUAAUCUUGCAGAAACUGCCAAAAAGAGCUGCAGAAGAUGGGAAGGACCCUGUUUCUGGUACACAUGGACUGGCUGAGCUUUUGAAAGAUAAUCCAGAAUAUCUUACCUUGGAUUGGGUGUUGGAAAUACUUCUGGAAGAGAUUGAAAAGUUCCCAAAUCAGCCAAUACUGGUGGAUCUUAUUCCCAACCUCAAGUUUAUGAUGAGGGUGGAUAAAUUCAUCAAGAAAUGUGAUAUUGAAAUGAAAGAGUUUGAACAGAAGGUAUUCUAUAACUUGUAUUUAAUAACAUAUUUAAGUUUAAUUUGUGGAUAUUUUUUUGGCUGAAGAUGUCAAUACAUUAGUCAUGUAAAGGGUCAUAAAUCUGUAACUUGGAUGGAUUCAUUUCCUUUAUUGUCCUGACCUUGAUUCUGUGGAAAUAUUGUAAGGAGAAAUUAGAUGCCAGACACUCCAAGGUUUUUAAAGGGUUUUAACUUAAAAGUGGUGAGAGUGCUUACAUAUCUAUCUCUGUUGUUACCUGCUCUUUGUGGCAUUUUUACAAUGACUAGGCUUGCUGUAACAUGUAUGGCAUGUUUGUUUUUGGUUUUCAUGUCUGCUUCACAGUUGUUCAUUACAGUUUUCUGUUUUUCCUCCAUUCAGAUAAAGUAGUGCUUCAAAAAUCCAUUUUGACAUGGACAGAAAGGAUGUGCCCAUAUUGCACCAAACAUGUAUUAUCUUAAUGACAUUAACAGUGUAUUCAUUUCACCUUGACAAGUUAAAUAUGUUUGUUUACUCCUCAGUGUCCUUGUGCUUUUGCCUUAAACUUGACACUGUCCAAGGAGAAUCUUCUGAAGAACAUUAGAAACAGCCAUUCCCCUGCAUGUGCCCAGCCUCCAAGCAAAGAUCCCAGGGAUGCAUCUUCAGAUCAAGGGGAUGAAAUGGACACCAGCAGGACUAAGCGUCGCUUUGCACUCUAUCAAAAAUCAGUGCAAGAUUUCUUGAACUAUUUUAAUCUGGAAGACAGAAUUGUGAAGGUUGACACAUCUGCAGCACAAGUACAACAUAUCUGGGAUGCUAUGAUGGACUUUUUUGCAGCUGAAAUGGAUUUCAGUGCAAGCAAAGUGAUCAACACUGUUGUGCUCUUCUCAUUUGGUGAGUUCUCAGAUUGAGUGAAUUACAUUAUGUAACUCAUAUUUACUACAGCUUGAGUUGUGCUCUCCUUAGCUGCCCUGGGACUAGCAGAAAUAUUCAAUAUUCAGUAUCACUGUAAUUAUUUAAACUAGCACCCAACUUCAAAUAAGCACCCGAUGUACAAGUUGGUAGGAAAAGUUAAUAAGUGCCUAACCUUGAAGUGAAGUGAACAAGAGGAGUAUUUACCACUACCUCUUUACUGCCUUACAAUCUCUUAAUUCUAUGUUUGUGUUACAUCUCCAUGUUUUGAUAUUAGUUUGUUUUGGUGAUGGAAAAUAAACGUACUUCUUGCUGAAAAUGGCGAAAAUUUAAUAACCACCUAAGGCACUUUGUCAAAUAAAUACUGUUUUUAUAUGUAGUUACCAGCAAACCUUGCUGGCCUAAAGUGCAUGGGAUUGUAAGUAACCUGCUGCUUGGCAUACCCCUAUGAAGAAUUGUGUUAAUUAUGGUGCUAAGGCAUAUAGACAUAUAGCUAUAUAUUUUUUUGGUUUUGAUAGAUCAGAAGACUUAUCAAUCCAUAGACAAAAACAGAUACCCCAUGAAAUCAGUUCUACUUCAUGAACUCAUCAAAGAACCUCAGGCCUCUGCAGUAAGUACUGUCCAUUCCCCAGCUGCAAGCAUAUAUUUAUUACAGCACGUAUUCAUUAAAAGGAAAGAAGGCUGGAUAAAAGAAUUUUUAAAUCAUUUCAUCAAACGUUUAUGGUAGCCAAUCAAAACACAGAGUUUACUUCACCCCACCAGCCAUGUGUUAAUAUAAAGUAUUACAUAUUCAAAAAGAGUCAUUGUUUACAGUCAUGGACAAUCGCUGAUUUUAUUUCAAAUUCAGUCAAAGAGGAAAGUUUCAUCGGUAUGACCAUUACUUUGGAAGUCGAAAAGAGCACAUUUCGAUUGAAUGUUGGAAAACUAAAACCAAAAACAUAACGACAGCCAAUUAUAGCGAAGGAAGAUAUCACAUUGAGUGCGGGAAAACGCGAGUGACCAAGUCGCGAUUGGUGUAAGUUUUGAAUCUGAUUGGUUGAUUAAGUGGCAUGACUUUUCUGAACCAAUCUUAUGGCGAUGUUGAGCAUAACCAAAGCUAUCCCAGAAUAUUCUCGACACUCAAUUGAGAAUUGCUGUUAUAGGGCCGUUUAUAUGGGAUGGUUAUUUAACUGUCGUGAAGUGUUAAAUCAUCUUUUAUUGCAUCGUAGGAAGAUGUCCUUUCAGCACUCGCAAAACAUUUGGAUGAUAGUGCACUGCAGUCGCGUUCAUUCUUGGUUGAUGUAUCAGGGACGUCCAUUGAUGAGGAACAUAUCUCUGAACAGGUACAAUUUCAACUUAGAAGUCUCAAGUUCAGCGGCAAAGUUCUGCUUUCUGUUGAUCAAGCGUUUAAUAUUGACGUGAUUGGGAGAUUCUGGAUCUGAAUCAACCCUGUUUAUACCAUGAAUGUUGGGUUCAUCGCUAAGAACGGAUUGAAAAAUGACUUAAGAUUUCUUGUUUGAACACAAGGUCAGAACAUCUUUUUGAGGAAUAGACGUAGUUACUCACCAUGCUAUAUCAGGUGUAUUGUAUGGUUGACAAUUCGAAGUUCUGGAAUAAGUGCUCCAGGUUUAAUCCCUGGACGACAUCACUGUUUUAAGUAUCGUCAACACUCCGGGCUAUGGCUUCUGCGAACCUUGUAGUGAAAUGAAGUCUAGGUAACGGAGAUUAGCGACAGAAGGGACGUUGUAUCCUCUCCUGUCUGAUUCCCAAAGCACUCUUAUCUCACUUUGUCUUAUACGAAGUUUUUCCUCUUGUAACUCAGCAGCUCAAAUGGGCUGAUGACCGACGGUCAAGAAUCAAAGAACAUUUGAUUCCUUGUCACCAAUGGUUUUGCUAAAGGAACUAAAAGAAAAAAAACAUAAAACAAAAAAAAUGUAAAGGUGUAAUUUGCGAAGACUUGCCUUUGAUGCAAAUGUUUUUUGUACUUUUUACUUUCAGUUUACGAAACCACAGAUUCUGUUUGUAGACGUUGACGUAGGUCAGUUGGAUUACUUCUUGCACGGACUCAAGCGCAAAACAGACAGGAAGAAGUCCAUUUUCAGGAAGAAAGCACAGUUAUACAAAUCAGUCAGCUCAACGGAGAAUGAAACUUUACUGUUCCCUGAACACAUCGAUACUGAAUUGUGCAGAAGAAUCGCUAUCUGUUUGGCGGAACAACGAGCUAGUUGAGAAAUGUUUAUCCUUAAUUUUUUCUCGUGUUCAUGGUAGUACAUAUCUUAAUACUAGUGAUCAAAUCACUUUUUACAGUUGAUACAAACAAAAUUUUAUCUUUCUUCCCAUUCGACAUGGAGUCCUGUAUAUACUUGGUUCAGUGUGACUUAAAGAAACCACAGUUGAAGAUUUUAUUUUUACAAAAAAAGAAAAUAAUUAUUUAUUAGAGAUGAUUGUGCGACACUCAUAUUUAAUUCUUUGUUACAAACUCUGACGUUCUGUGUCGUUCAAGAUCCGGAGUUUGAACACAGAUAAAGCUGUUAAGUUGUCUUGGGAGAAAAAAUUUCUCUGGCUUGUAUA